GUCUGGGAGCUGUCAGUGUUUGGGCUUUGUGAACUAGAACGCAGGGCAGGUAUCGUCUGGUGGUGGUUUGUAAUUAUGUCAGUAAAGCCAUUGUAUUCAAGAAUAUGUUAAUAUACAGUGCACUUUAUCUUAACCGUGACCUUUAUGUGCUUACUUGACGAGUGCCACUGUUUAACCGAGUCAACGUCGGGGCCCAGCGUAGCAGCAAUAUAUAUCACGGACGUUCGCAUACACUAGCUAGUCAGCUAGGCUAGCUAGUAGAAGAUACGUUUCCUAUUCUGCCAAUUGGCGCUGACGGGUUUUUAUUCGUCAAACUGGAUAAAUAAUUCAGUGUCAGUGAUUUACAGAUAUCCUUCUAACGGUGUGAUGUGUGUCAGUGAGUCUGGUGUCUGCCAGUAGCAGAGUAAACAUCCGAGAGGAUGAAUGCAGAGGAAGUGGAUCUGCUCAAUGACUCAAAGUACAGGAACUACGUGGCAGCAGUCGACAAGGCCCUAAAGAACUUUGAGUACUCCAGCGAGUGGGCUGACCUUAUAUCAGCCCUUGGUAAACUUAACAAGGUACUGCAGAACAAUGCUAAGUACCAGGUGGUUCCCAAGAAGCUGACAAUAGGCAAACGCCUUGCCCAAUGCCUCCACCCAGCACUGCCCAGCGGGGUGCACCGCAAGGCCCUGGAGACAUAUGAAAUCAUCUUCAAGAUCAUAGGGCCAAAGAGACUGGCCAAAGACCUCUUCCUCUACAGCUCUGGGCUCUUCCCUCUGCUCUCCAAUGCUGCUAUGUCUGUGAAGCCGGUGCUCCUGGGCCUUUAUGAGACCUACUACCUGCCCCUGGGAAAGACUCUCAAACCUGGUCUGCAAGGAUUGCUAACUGGGGUCCUGCCGGGCCUGGAGGAGGGCUCUGAAUACUAUGACCGAACCAAUGCCUUGCUGGAGAAGGUGGCUGCAGCGGUGGAGCAGUCGGCCUUCUAUAGUGCCCUGUGGGGCAGCAUCCUGACCAGCCCUGCCGUGCGUCUGCCCGGGAUCACCUUUGUCCUGUUGCACCUCAACCGCAAGCUCUCCAUGGACGACCAGCUCUACGUCAUGGGCAGUGACAUUGAGCUCAUGGUGGAGGCUGUCAGCACAUCGGUGCAGGACUCCAGCGUCCUGGUCCAGAGGAGUACCCUGGACCUGAUCCUCUUCUGCUUCCCAUUCCACAUGAGUCAGGCCACACGCCCAGAUAUGAUUCGGAUCCUCUCUGCAGCAUUGCACGUGGUUCUAAGGAGGGACAUGUCGCUCAACCGCAGACUGUACGCCUGGUUGCUGGGCUUUGACAACAACGGUGUGAGGACAGGCCCUCGUAGCUCUCGACAGAGCAACCCAGAGGACCACGCCACACACUACUUCAACUCAUACUCCAAGGACAUGCUGGUUCAGGCCAUGGUGGGGAUCCUACAGGGAAAGGCUCGGGGUGGGGAGGAGGAGAGCGUCCUAAUGCACGACCUCAAACCUUUCCGCAUCCUCAUCAGUUUGCUGGACAAACCAGAACUCGGCCCGGCCAUCCUCGAAGAUGUUCUGAUCGAGGUGUUCAGGACACUACAUACCCAGUGCAGAGCAGAACUGGACCUUCAGAACCACAACCCCUUCAGCAAGGAUCACACUCAUCUCAGCAGUAAACUGCGAGAGAAUAAGAAAACGGCGGAGCUUAUCAAGACCGCUAACCUACUGUUCAACUCGUUUGAGCCGUAUUAUAUGUGGGACUACAUCGCUCGCUGGUUUGAGGACUGCUGCAGGAAGACCAAAAAUGGACCAAGGCAUGCUGGGAGCACAGAGACCCCAGGGCUGUUAUUGGUGGAGUUCUCUCAGCUGGUGGACUUCCUAUUGGACAUUGUCUCCUUGCCCACUAGAAGCAUGAGGGUAAUCUGUCAGGAGACCUACAUUGAGAUCCAGACAGAGCACCUCCCCCAGCUUCUGCUGCGCAUGGUGUCGGCCCUGACCUCUAACCUCCCGGCUCUGGGCCUGGAGGAGCUCACCCAGUGCCUGCGUCUCUGCUCCAAGAUUCUCAGCAAGGUGCAGCCUCCCCUGGUGUCCCCCCUGUCGCUGCCCUCUGGCCCUAAAGGUCCCCGGAUCCCCACAGCCUCUGCUAAAGAGGAGAAAUCGCCACUACCCAACGCCCUGGAGCUCCCGGCCGGCGAUGUGUUUGAAAACGCAGAGAAUCCAAACAGCAGUCGCUCCUCCGAAAGUGGCUUCACAGACUUUGUGCAGUACCAGGCGUCGGACUAUCCCGAGGGUGGGACACCUCCACCCUCUGCCGAGAGGGGCCGCAGGGCCUCCCUAUCGGCCUCCCAGGCCAAGCCCCAGGACAGGCCUGUCAUGCAGCGCUGCCUCGAACACUUCCAACUCUUCCUCUCCCGGCUGGUCUCCCUGUACAUCACCCCGGGGGAGGGAGCCGGCGGGGAAGCGGCGUGUGAAGAAACAGCCGAUGGCCCGCAGGAUAGACCCAACGUUGGGGUGGCGCCGGGGGCCUGUCCGAGAGAGUGUCUGGCAGCUUUCACCGCUGCCUGCCAGCUCUUCCUGGAGUGCUCCAGCUUUCCCGUCUACAUUGCUGAGGGCAACCUCAAGUCAACGCCCCCGUCUGAAGAGCAGACCAACGGCGAGAACAUGGGCCCAGCCGUGUGGCUGCAGACACUGAUGGAUGCCUGCUGCCUGGCCAGCGACUUCAGCAUCCAGGGCGCCGCCAUCUCCCUGGUCAUGGAUUUGGUUGGCCUCACACAGUCAGUGGCCAUGGUCGCGGCCGAGGGCACAGUCUCCAGCGGCGACCCCGACUCAGCCCUCCCCAUGAGCCCGAGCCAGGGACGCGUCGCUGUGGUGAUCAGGCCACCACUCACGCAGGCGAUCCUGAAGUACAUCGCUGAGAAGACCCAUUUCUUCAAGAGUGUCGCCCUGAUUCUGUGGGGCCAGUUGGGGGAGGCCACGCCUCAGCACCACCAGCGGAGUGUAGAGCUCUUCUACCAGCUCCACAACCUGGUGCCGUCCUCCAGCAUUUGCGAGGAUGUCAUCAGCCAGCAGCUCAUGCACAAGGACAAGCGGAUCCGUCUGGAGGCCCAUGUGAAAUUCUCUGUGCUGUGGCACCUGACCAGAGACUUGAACAUCACCAAGUCUUCCCCUUUCAACCGUACUUUUGACAGGUCUCUCUUCAUCAUGCUGGACAGUCUGAGUUACUGGGACCCGUCUGCCAGUGCGGUGGGCCGGGCCUGGCUCAACCAGGUGCUCCAGAGGCAUGACAUCGCCCGGGUCCUGGAGCCCCUCCUGCUGCUCCUUCUGCACCCCAAGACGCACCGCGUGUCUGUCCAGCGCGUCCAGGCCCAGCGCCACUGGGCCCAGGCCUUCCCCAACCACAGCCCCCCUGCUGAACAGGACCCAUCAGAACCCAUCUACACGAGAGACUCCGGCUUCUCGGACAACUUCAGCCAAGUGCCAGGGGGGACACACGGCCUCUGUGGGCUGCCACUGGGCGACAUGGAACCCUUCUGCUUGACGGUCAACCCUCUGAGUGACAGCCUGUCCCUGCUGAGCCUGAGCAGUGAGAACCUGGCACUCCGCAGUCCUCCCGGCCAGCAGGGGGAGCCACACCUCCACGGCUCCGAGUCCAGUGGCACCAGCUCCUCCACCGCGGAUGACGGCAGCUUUGAGGAACCCGACGGCCCGGCAGACGGAUGCGACAUCAACCCGGUCCCGACGGAGUCUCCGGAUGCAGACCGGUCACUCGAAGACUCUGUGUCGUCGGUGUUAAACGAGCUGAUUGACAGGGUUGUGGGUAUACUGGACUCGGCGGAGGCGGGCCUGCCCGAAACGCAGUCACCCGCCGAAGCGUGGGCGCAGACAGACUCCGAUAGCUCCUCGUCGGACGCGUCGACGGGACUUCGCCUCGACUCAAGCCCCCACCUGGAGAUGUUAGCGGGAGGCACCCUGGACUUUUUCAAGGUCACACCGCCGGACCAGGCAGGAGACAACAGUGAGAGGCAACGAGAGGGCAUCACGCGCCACAGCUCAUCCCCCUCCAUCGUCACGCUUCCGGACGACGAGGGUUCCCGACCCGCCACCCCUCCCGACCAGAGCCUUCUGUCCUUGGACGCGGUCGACCAGGGGGCCCGCAAGAGGAGCCACAGCAGCGCCCAGCUCAGCCUCAGGGGUAAGAUCAUGGAGCGACUGCAAGACAAGUCACCCGGCGCCAAGCCCAAGAUGAAGAAAAUCAGGAGGAAGGAGGAGGAGCGGCAGCGGAAAGCCCAGGCCGACAAGCUCCACCAUCCCAGCAUCUUCUUCGGAGACAGCCUGGACCUAGAGAACUGGUACAGCUGCGGCGAGGGCGAGGUGUCCGAGAUCGAGAGUGACGCCGGCUCGCCCGGCGUGGGGGCUAGUGAGGGCGGCCCUGAAGGCGGACGCAGAGCUUCGUCCUCGCCCCCCCGGUUCAACAUCCACCCGCUGUACCAGCACGCGCUGCUCUAUCUGCAGAUGUACGACUCGUCGCGGACGCUUCACGCCCUCUCAGCCAUUGCUGCCAUGCUGCGGGCGGCACCCUCAGGCUUUGUGGGCGCCAUCUCCACCACCAGUAUCAACAACACAUACACCCCCCAGCUGUCCCUGCUGCAGAACCUGCUAGCCCGCCACCGCAUCUCUGUCAUGGGUAAGGACUUCUAUAGCCCCAUCCCCCAGGACAGCCACUCCCACUCAUUCCGCAGCGCCAUGUUCCUAGAGAUCAUCAUCUCCCUCUGCCUCUACUUCCUGCGCUCCUACUACUCCGCCCACGUGUCGGCCACCGCCGCCGACCUGGCGGGCAAUCGCGCCAUGCAGCUGACCAGCGUGGAAGUCCUCACCCUCCUUUUCGGCGAGCUGGCCAAGGUGACUGGCGGCUCGGCCAAAGGGUUCGCCAGCUUCAUCAGCGAUGUGCUGUCCAAGUGCAAGGUCCAGAAGGUGGUGCUCCACUGCCUGCUCUCCUCCAUCUUCUCGGCCCAGAAGUGGCAUGAGCAGCGGGCCACCGGAGUCAACGUGGCGUCCCAGGAGGAGGGCUUGUCAGAGGACAGUGUCAUCAACCUUUCGGAGGACCAAAUGGACGGCUGCAGCGCCGUUCAGUCCCAGCUACUGAGGCUACUGCAGAGCCUGGUGGUGCUGGAGCACAGGGUCCUGGCGCCCGCCGAGGAGGGCGAUGGCGGGUCCGUUGUCUCCCCAGCCGUCGUGGCUCUAGGGGCGGGGAGCGGCACCGUGUCCAGCUUCGAGCUGCUUGGAGGGGAGGCAGAGCCCGUGAACCCGCAGCAGCCGAUGACGUCACUGCAGUACCUCCACGGGCAGCCUAUCACGGCACAGGGGAUGUUCCUGUGCGCGGUGAUCCGGGCGCUGCACCAGCACCACGCGUGUAAGAUGCACCCGCAGUGGAUCGUCCUGAUCACGGCCUCGCUACCCUACAUGGGCAAGGUGCUGCGAAGGGUGGUGGCCUCUGUCACACUGCAGCUCUGCAGGAACCUGGACAACCUCAUCCAGCAGUACCGCUACGAGACGGGCAUCGGCGACAACAGGCCUCAGUGGAUGGCCUUGUGCAUCCCCCCAGAUCUGAUUCUGACGGUAUUGGAAGGAGUGACGGCCAUCAUCCACUACUGCCUCCUGGACCCAUCUUCUCAGUACCACCAGCUGCAGGUGUGCGUGGACCAGAAGCACCUGGCCGAGGCUCGCUCUGGGAUCCUGUCCAUCCUUCACACUAUCAUGUCCUCCGUCACCCUGCUGUGGAGCGUCCUGUACCAGGCCGACAACUCUGACCGGCCUGCCGCCGCCUCUGCUGCCUCCACAUCCAACAUCAACCUAGGAUCCACCAAGAACCUGCGUCAGCAGAUUCUCGAGCUGCUUGGGCCCAUCUCCAUGAACCAUGGAGCACAUUUCAUGGCAGCUAUUGCCUACGUGUGGAACGAAAGGAAGCAGGUCAAAACCAAUGCCGCUUACAAGGUGAUCCCUACAGCUAGUGAGGAGCAGCUCUUGCUGGUUGAGCUGGUGAGGUCGGUCAGCGCCAUGCGUACUGAGACGGUAAUGCAGACAGUCAAAGAAGUCCUGAAGCAGCCCCCGGCCAUCGCCAAAGACAAGAAGCAUCUGUCUCUGGAGGUGUGUAUGCUGCAGUUCUUCUAUGCAUAUGUUCAGAGGAUCCCUGUGUCCAGUCUGGUGGACAGCUGGCCGUCUCUGCUGGCCCUGCUGAAGGACUCUAUACAGCUGGGCCUACCUGCUCCUGGACAGUUCCUUAUUCUAGGGGUUUUGAAUGAGUUUAUUUUGAAGAACCCCAACUUGGAGAGCAAGAAAGACCAGCGGGAGUUGCAGGAUGUGACCCAUAAGGUGGUGGAGGCCAUCGGCACCAUUGCAGGUUCUUCUCUGGAGCAGACCACCUGGCUGAGGAGGAACCUGGAGGUCAAGGCAUCGCCACAGAUCAUGGUGGAUGGGACCAGCCUGGAGCAGGACGUUGAGGGUAGGAGCCAUCUAAUGCUCACGGUAAUGGAGGCGUCCAGUUUCACCCCAUCUGUGUACAGCGUUCACGCCCUCACGCUGCUGGCCGAGGUGCUGGCCCACCUCCUGGAUAUGGUGUUCUACAGUGAUGAGAAGGAGAGAGUCAUCCCCCUACUUGUGAACAUCAUGCACUAUGUCGUACCCUACCUCCGCAACCACAGUGCCCACAACGCCCCAAGCUACCGGGCCUGCAUCCAGCUUCUCAGCAGUCUCAGUGGGUACCAGUACACCCGGCGGGCCUGGAAGAAGGAGGCUUUCGACCUCUUCAUGGACCACACCUUCUUCCAGAUGGACUCGUCCUGCGUCUGCCAUUGGAGAGCCAUCAUUGAUCAUCUCAUGACCCAUGACAAGACCACGUUCAGAGAUCUAAUUACUCGUGUGGCAGUGGCACAAAGCAGCUCUCUGAAUCUGUUCACAAACCGUGAUGCUGAACUGGAGCAGAGAGCCAUGCUGCUCAAACGCCUGGCCUUCACCAUCUACAGCAGCGAGGUGGAUCAGUACCAGAAAUACCUGCCUGACAUUCAGGAGCGGCUGGUGGAGAGUCUCCGUCUGCCCCAGGUGCCCAUCCUCCACGCUCAGGUGUUCUUGUUCUUCCGGGUCCUUCUGCUGCGCAUGUCUCCCCAGCACCUCACCUCGCUGUGGCCCACCAUGAUCACUGAACUGGUACAGGUCUUCCUACUUAUGGAGCAGGAGUUAACAGCAGACGAAGAUAUUUCAAGGACGUCAGGGCCAUCAGUGGCCGGCCUGGAGACCACCUACUCUGGAGGGAACGGUUUCUCCACCUCGUACAACAGCCAGCGCUGGCUCAACCUCUACCUGUCUGCCUGCAAGCUGCUGGACCUUGCCCUAGCGCUGCCCUCUGAGAGCCUGCCCCAGUUCCAGAUGUACCGCUGGGCCUUUAUCCCAGAGGCGUCUGAUGACUCGGGCCUGGAAGUGAGGCGACAAGGGACCCACCAGAGGGAGUUCAAACCCUAUGUUGUCCGACUAGCCAAGCUGCUGAGGAAACGAGCCAAGAAGAACCCAGAGGAGGACUGUUUCCUGCGUACCCUGUCUUGGGAACCGGGCCACCUUCUCCUGACGCUCUACGUGAUCCGCAGCAUGGAGCAGCUUCUUCCCUUCUUUAACCUGCUCAGCCAGGUGUUCAACAGCAAGGUCAGCAGCCGCAAUGGUCCCGCCUACAGCUCCACCUCCAGCUACUCCAGCCACUCCUUCACCAACAAGGAUGGCAAGCUAGAGAGCCAAAAGGUGUUCUGGAGCCGCGCACGGCAGAACAUUGAGGAGAUGGUGGAGAAAGACUUUCUGGAGGGCCUAAUCAAAACAUGAGCACGAGGGACGGGGGGAUAUGUAGUUUCCAAUGGGAAACAAAUGAAUAAAAACCACUAGUGAAUUGAACUCAUCUUGUAUAUAAGGGAACAUAUGGGAAAUAACAGGAUCUAAAAAACGAAUCGAGUUUGUACAUUUUUUUCAGUUUUUGUAUUUAUAAUGAUUGUAUUUUACUUUUAUGCUAUACUAUUUAAUUUUAAUUAUUUGUAUAUAUAGGGCAGAUGUGAAGACUGACUUUGACAGUUUGUGAGUGCCCUCUCUGGGACAAUGUGAAGAUGCUGCGCCAUUCCAUAUCGAUGUGAUUACUAAAUUAAAGACUUAUUAUGAGA